AUGACAAAAUCUAUUAGGAAGACAGGACGUUCGGAAGUUAUUGUUGAACAAUCAAAUUUAUAUUCUACUGAAGGUUAUACAACAUCAGCAUUAAGUAUUAAUACUUCCAUCUAUAAAUUAUGUGCCGUAAGAAAACUUGAUAAUACUGAUCAAUCUAUAUCAUUAAUUGAAUUUUGGAAUAUUAUUGAGAUGCCGAACAUGGUACUUGAAUUAAGUAUUCCUUUAAUUAAUGUUGAUGUAGAAGCUUGUGAUUGGGUUGAUAAUUAUGCAAUUUGUACUGCUACAAAUGGAAUGGUUUACCAAAUUAAUCCAUUUACGGGAAUUUCAAAAAGUUUUCAAAUUUGUCCUUCUUCUAUUUGGUGUAUAAAAAAUAUAUCUGAUCAUAAAUUUUUACUUGGUUCAGAUAAUGGAAUAAUAUAUUUGUGUGUUAUUGAUAAAGAAAAUGAUGAUAAAAUUUAUAUUAAAUCAAGGAUAAAUAUUGAUAUGGAAACAAGAGUUUUAUCUAUUGCUUACUCAUCGGAAACAUCAGUAAUUGGAGUUGGUAUUCUUGAUGCAAUCAUUUUUAUUAAACUUAAUGGAACUACUGAAGUUAAAAGAUAUGUUGUAAAGUUACCAAAAAAGGAUAUGAAUGUUGAAGUAAUUGUAUGGUCGCUAACAUUCUUAGGAAAAACUCUUGUUUCUGGUGAUUCAAUGGGAAGAACUUGUCUAUGGAAUUCAAAAAAUGGUUCUCUAAUAAAGAUUAUUUCAACUCAUCAGGGACAUGUAUUAGCAUUAGCAGUAAAUGGAACUGAUAUUUUUGCAUCUGGUGCUGAUUACCGUAUACAGGUUAUCUCUGCUUUAACAUCUCAAGAAAAAAAGUUUGACUAUGCAACUAAAGGACAGCGAAUAAUUCAUACAAAUGAUGUUAGAGCUCUUGCUGCUAUUGAUCAAUGGCUUAUUUCUGGUGGAGCUGAACAUGAACUUUAUGUUUCAAAAAAACACGAAAAAACAAAAACUUUUGGGUCAUUAAACAAAACAAGAGUUGCUAAAAAUUCUAACAAACUUUUAUUUUCCUAUUCUACAUACGUUGAGAUAUGGUUAAGAGCAGAUACAGACUUUGAUGAAAGUAAAAAAGUUGGAGAUAGUUAUACAUUAAAGAAUAUACCAAAGAAUGUUCUACGGAUAGAUUCUCCUAAAAAGCGUUAUAUUACAAUUGCUGAAAUUUCGCCUAAUGGCAAUUAUAUUGCCAUUUCAACUGAUAAAUUGACUUGUGUUUACAAAAUUUCUUUAGAUGCAAAAAAGCCUGUUGAACAAGUUUUGGCGUUACCAUAUAAAUCAACCUCUAUUAUUCUUGAAGAUGAUCUUGUCAUCUGGUCUAGCGGAAAUUUCUCUAUUUCUAAAUAUAGUUUUAAUGAGAAGAAAGAGGUUUCAUUAGCACAUGUUGAAAAUAGUUUUUGUUUGACAAAAUUAACGAAAAAUACAACUGGUACUUUAUUUGUUGGUAAGAAUAGUAGAAAUCAACUUGUAGUUUUUGGAAGAGAACAAUGUGAAGAUAUAUUUUCUACAUUAAAUAUUGCACAUUCAAUUACUGGUUUUACAUUUAUAAAAGAGAAUGUUAUUGUUGUAUCCACUUCUUCUCCAAAUCAUGCAUUGAUGUUAUUUAAUUUAGAUACUUUGGAACAAAUUGGUUUAUCAAUUACAUAUGAGGCUUUGUUUGGAAAAGAUCAAGGUGGUUUUGUUGAUGGCUUAGAAUAUGGUGUUAAGAAUGGAAAAUUAAUUGUUGUGUCAGAAAAUAACUGGAAAAUUGUGUCUGGCCUCAGCCAAGGUUCACCUGUACUAGAAAGUCUAAAUCUUCAGAAAAUAGAAAAAAGCUCAAAUAAAAAAUGUUACAUCGUGCCACAAUGGAUUAAUGACAACAAUUCUGAAGAUGUUUUAUUUAUGUCAUAUUCUUCAUCUCGUGGAGCACCAUCAAAUGUGCCAAUCUCCAUUAGCCGUUAUGGGCGUAAUUAG